AUGGUGCGCGAUACGCCUGUCCGAGCACCCGUUGCCAUCGCGAAGCGCCUCUCCGGCCGCUCGGCUCGUAAGCCGGGUACUGGACUCUCGCCGGAUACGGAAUUGCGGCAAGCACCAACACCACCGCCGCCAUCAUCAUCAUCAUCAUCGUCACCGUAUCAUCACACCGCUCUCGCCAACCCUUACGUCCAAGACCCUUCACUUGGCAUUCCGCUGUCCAGCACCGUCACCCCCGCCACCACCCUCUCAAGUACACCGUCCAACACGUCUACAUCGACAGCCGUCAUUGUCACCAUUGUGCUGGGUACAAUUGCCGGCGUCGUAGCAGUCGGCAUGGCCAUCAUCCUUAUAAACAUGCAGCUCCGCCGGCGGCGAAGGAGAGCUCAGCCUGCCUCUCCCGUCCAGAGCGACAAAAAGGGCCCCAGUGCUGCCGUCAGUCUGACAGCGCUAAACUCGCCAGGCGCCGUGUCACCCUUUCCCAGUAAGACAACCUCGCCAUCGCCAACGACGAGGGGGACCGAAAUGCCAGGCAGCGGCGGAAACGACGCUGGCCUAGACGAGUUGAGGCCCCCUCCGAGACUCGGCGAGAGAAAGUUUCAUCAGGCCACCAGGAGCGAGGGGUCCAUCGACGCCAGGCCCUCACGGAACUUCCAUCACACGCGCUGGGGGAAGCCCUCGAGUCUGGGAAAUAUACCUUCCGCCAAAGACGUGCCGUCUUGCUGCGCGGGACCGGGACCUGCCCAGACCCAGGAUUAUGGGUCGCCAGACUCACGAGCAGCAGGUCAUCGUCAUCAGUACACCCUCUUCCCCGUGAGAACAACAACACCGACAGUAAAGACACACAGACCUGCCGCGUCAACGUCGACAACAUCCACCCUUCAAGGGACCAAUGCAAGUCCCCCGCGGACGCCAAAGAGCGGCCAUUUUAGUCCUGUCAACGGCCUCAUGUCGCCGGGGCCGCCGCCAACGCGGGCGCUCCCCUCGCCGCCCUCCAGGUAUUGGCAAAUCAACCCCCUGUCGCCGCCGUUGGAUUCGCAAACGGACAAUGUCCGUCCGGAGGAGAUUGGGAUAGCCAUUGGGUCGCCUGUCGUGGAGGAGAGGAGGGAGAAGAGGCCGCGACUAGAUGAGAGCGACAUUGAGAGAUUGGGCGGCACGUACUCGCCCUUCAAGAAGAGGUGA